GCCGGCCUCUACGGGCGGGCAACGGGCAACGUGGAGGGGGCGGAGGAGGCCGAGAAGGCCGAGAGCGCGGCCUGGGCCUCCCGGCCCGACCGGCGGAGCUACCUGCUGGGCAUCCGGCCCCAGAACAGCUUAUCAAGCAGCAGAUUCUCUCCCUCCAGUUUAGGAAGGAGCACCUUCUGCGCAAUCAUUUCUCAGCUGACGGAGGAACCCCAGCCACUAUUUGAAACCACUAUCAAAUCCCGUUCUGUGUCCGAGGACUCUGAUGCUAAAUUCACGUGCAUAGUGACAGGAUACCCGCAGCCAGAGGUGACGUGGUAUAAGGAUGAUGAAGAGAUGGACCGCUACUGUGGCUUACCCAAGUACGAGAUAUUCCGCCAUGGAAAUCGCCACACCCUGCAGCUGUACAAGUGCCGAGAGGAAGAUGCAGGCAUUUACCAGGCCUCAGCUAGAAACACCAAAGGCAUCGUGUCCUGCUCUGGCGUGCUGGAAGUGGGAACCAUGACGGAGUUCAAAAUCCAUCAGAAGUGGUUUGACAAAAUUAAGAGAAAAGCUGAAGAAAAGCUACGAGAGAUAGAACAGGGCAAGAAACGAGGGAAAGAAAACGUGGAGGUGGAGAAGUUGCAGGGAAUGAGCCCUGAUCGGCUUCAGAGAAAGCGGAGGCUGGCCAGGGAUCUGAAUGUCCGGUCUGGAGCCUCUCAGUGGGAGAAGGAGGAUGCAGCAAAAGUGCACGUCGCCGAUUCCCAGUCCAGUUUACAUGAGGGUAUUGCUGAGCCAAAGGAACCACCGGUCAAUGCGAUGACGGGCUUUCCAAACAAACUGAUAGCACCUUUGAAAGCAGAGGUGACCACCAAUGGAGAUGCCUCUUUGGAAAGUGUGGAGGAGAACGGGAAUGGCUUUCUCACAUACAUCUACGAGACGGUGGAGGAGCUAGCAACUAAACCGGUGACCAAAGACUCUGCAGCUAAAAAGAAAAAGAAGGUGGAGGCUCUGCCAGCAGCAAAGCAGGAAGUUUCAAAGCAAGAAGAAAGUGGGCAAGACAGGGCCAACCCCUCUCCAAAUCCAAGGUUUGCCCCUCCUGUUCCCUUACGCAGGAGCGCACAUUUGAGGGCGGCAAAUGAUCAAGAAGCGGAAAACAGUCCCAAAACCAAAGAGCCUGGGAAAGCUGUGAAUCAGGACGCUAAAAUCAAUGGUGAUGUGCACUUCUCUUUGAAAGAAAUGUAUUUUGAUAACCAGAUGAAGCCGGCAGCAGGGAAGGAGGAGGCGGGAGCCAAGGAGGAGGCUACGAGUGAGGCUGCCCAACAGCCUGUGGCAGUCAGCAGACAGAGAGAGGAUGCUCCAUUGUCCUCAGAGGUGUCGGAGGCAGGACCUGUGCCAUCCGAGGGACAGAGAGGCCAGCCCCAAGCACAGAAGUCAGAAGGAAGCAAAGCCGUCAGUCCAGAGGUUGCAGUAACAGUGGGACAGCCUGCUAGUGGCCUAAAACAUCCAGUGUCCAGUCCAACCACAGAGGCUGGUCAGCAAGCCAACAAGUUAGAGGAGCUCAGAAAAGAGACCCCUGGCUGCCAGGAGACCAAGGGGUCUGUGAAAAGGACAAACCCACGGCUAAGGCCUCGGGAGCCACCAAAGGCUCCAGCACCUUCUCCAGAGCAUGUGGAGCCCAGCAAAGAACACCCUCCGUCUACGAAGCAGGCAGAAGGACAUUCCCAUGCUCUCGAGGGUAAAGAGACCCAGCAAGGACUCUCAUAUCAAGAGGACAAGAGCCAAGGCGAGAAAGAGCCAUUGCUAACGAAAUCAAGUUCUCCAGAGCCUGGAGAAAACACUCCUCUUGAGCAAAUCCCACCUCAGACAGCAGCAGAGGAUGGGAAGAGCAAAGAUGCAGGAGCAGAGCUGUCUGGGAGCCAUCCCGGUGCAGAGGCAGGAGCGAGCUGCACAGAGGAGCCAUCUCCUGGGACUACGCUCAGGGGGGUGGGAGGGACACCUUUGGGGCAUCAGGAGACUGGAACGGCAGCUCCUGCCUCAGUUCGAGUUGCCAAGGAAAAGCCACUUCCCGUUCCCGCAGUGGAGACAGGGGCUCAGGCUACAGAGCUCACCGCUCCCGGCACCGCAGGGAUGGAGGCUACGGCAGCGGCGGUCCGGUUUGGAGCCCGGCUGCUGCCUCCUGCGAGUGGAGAAAUGGAAAUCAAAGAUGUGGAUCGAUCUGCACUGCAACAGAAGUUUCCAGCCAGCACGUUAGGGGAGGAGAGUGCCAAUCCAGUGGCCGUGGGACCUCAGGGAAAGGAAGGGGGAGAGCAAACAGCCGCAGCUCCAUGCCAGGAACUGGCAGCACAUUCAGGCACUUCUGGAGGAGUUGCUGAGGUUCAACCACAAGUACCUCUGGUCCUGCCUAGCCCCGAGAGACCUCAGGACAUGUCUUUGGAGGAGAAGAUGCAGCACAAAAAUCUUGUUUCCUCCUUGAAGAACUACUUGCUGCUGCUUUUACAAAUGUCAGAUAGCAGUAAGGAUGCCACAAAAGAGGACACAGACCCCAGGGAGAAGGAGCAGCCUGAUGCAGAGGCGGCUGUGCUCCCGGAGAUAGGCAUUGCAGGCUUGAGCCCCCGCACCUCAAGGAGAGUUUUAGAAAAGGUACAAAACAAUCAGCUCUUCCAGACAGCAGAAAACUUGCCUCUGACCCCUAGGACGUCCAGGCGGAUCACGGGCAUGAUCAAUGAGGAGUUUGUUACCAGCAAGGAGAUGCUGGCUUGCAGGCCUGUGCCACCAAAGAGGCGUACCCGCCUUGCUCCUGAGGUGGAGGGGCCACCCCAGCUCUCAGUGCCUGCCAUCGUGGUGGGCAGCAUGCCAGCAGUGGGAGCAGGGCAGCCUCCCAGUAAUAUUUCCAAUUUGACUCCAGCAAGCCCUGAGAAAGAAAGCCCUGGUGACCCUCUGGCAGUGCUACCUUGUGCUACACCAGAGGAGCUUGCUUCUGGGGCCCGACGCAAAAUAUAUCUGCCAAGAACCAAGCAGGUAGGGGAGGAAGAGGAGGCAACCCCAGAGAGCCAAGGGCACGUGAGAAGUCCUACCAUUUCGCCACGGCAAUCCAGGAAGAGUGCAGCCCAGUUGCAGACACCUGCCCUGUCUCCAUCCCCUCCCAUGGAGCAGCGCUCACCAACCCUCAUGAGGAAGAUGGCCACGUUGGAGGUUCCUAAACUGUAUGAGGAGCCCACAGGUGAUAGCAGUGGUGACCAUGAGGUCUCUGAAGAUACUAAGCCAGAAGCACAGCCAGCAGAGUCAAAGAAAGCAAAUAACCCAUUUAAAGCUCCACAGGUGAUCCGUAAGAUCAGGGCAGAACAAUUUUCCGAUGCAUCAGGAAACCUGAAACUUUGGUGCCAGUUCUUCAAUAUUUUGGGUGAUUCUAAGCUGAUGUGGUACAAGGACGAGAUCCCUGUAGCAGAAGCCCAAAGGAGCGCUGGCGACGAGGGCCAGGCAGCCUUGGCUGUCGUGCAGGCAUCCCAGAAGGACUGCGGGGUCUACCGGUGCGUGAUCAGCAACGAGUAUGGCACCGACUCCACUGAUUUCCUGCUCAGCCCAGAAGUGUUGUCAGGAUUUGUCUUGCGGGAAGAGAUUGAAGUUGGAGAGGAGAUUGAGAUGACGCCCAUGGUGUUCGCAAAGGGCUUGGCUGAUGCAGGCUACUGGGGGGAUAAGCUCUUUGGGCGUGUGGUGAGCGAGGACAUGGAGGUGGGCGCCGGUUUCCUGCGCAAAGCCUGCCGUGCCAGAGCCAUCUACGGUCUGGAGCCCAUCUUUGAGUCUGGCUGCACCUGUGUCAUCAAAGUGCACAAUUUCAUUGUCUUUGGGACCAAGAAUGACAACAGCCUCAUCGAGAAGAACUAUGAUAUUACCAUCCAGGAAUGUAAAAUCCAAAAUUCCAGCCGUGAGUACUGCAAGAUCUUUGCUGCUGAGGCACGAGCCGUCCCUGAUUUUGGAAUGGUGCCUGAGAUAAUUCCUGUGUACCUGAUUUACCGACCAUCCAACAACAUCCCCUAUGCCACGAUGGAGGAGGACCUGGGCGGGCCCUGUGAGCAGUACUGUGUCACUGAGAGAGAUGGCAGCUUGGUGGCACGAGGCACCUCAGAGAUCGUGCUCAAAUGCUGUGCCUUCCAGCAUUGGGUCUACCAGUGGACGAAUGGAAACAUUCUCGUGACGGACAUGGAAGGAGUGGGCUGGAAGAUGACCAAUGUGCGGAUCGCUACCAACCUGAAAGGGUUCCAGGGGCUGAAGGAAAGCUGCUUCCCCUCCCUGCUAGAGCAGUUUGCGGCUGCUCACCAGUGUAACCGUUACUGCAGCAUCCUGGGCCUGAAGACACUGGAGCCAGCCAAGCCCAAGGGCCCCAAGAGCCCCUCCAUGGGUAGGAAAUCUGCCCAGUCCAGCCCCCAGCUCCAGAAGAAGGGGUUGGCAAGUCCCCAGGGCACCCGCAAAGCUGCUGUGAGCCCCAAGAGCUCCCGGAGAGCUGUGGAAACGGGGGAGGCCAGGCCAGGAGAGAGCGGUGGGUCUGGCCACCCGCAGUAGCUGCAGCUGCUGUGGCUGGGACCCCCUGCUGCGGACCCCAGCCCAAGCAGCCCCGAGGCAGCCCCCAGUCCAGCCGGGACAGGGAGACACUGGCAGCGGCCGCUGCCCCCGCUCUCCUCCCCUCAGCUCCCGGCCUGUGGCGCCUGCGUUGUGUGGUGUGUGCUAUUGUGAGCAGCUCGGCUGGGGCCAUGGAGGGGCUCUGAACUGGAACCCUCAUCCACACCUCUUCAUGAGAGCUGCUGCCGGUGGUGGAGCCUGCAGGGCCAUGUGUGUCCCCCACGCUCAGGCUCACUUUCCUCUCUCCAGUCUCUCCAUUUGCCUUCCUUAAGGCAGUGCCUGUCAGAGCUGCUCCCUUGGGCUUUGCCAGCGCCAUGCUCCCUGCCUAGUUCCCCUGAGCAAACUGGGAGGCCGGGCUGCCCUCCUGCCUCCCAGUGCCCUGUGUCCCUCUUUGUGUCCUCCAUACAGCCACCGCGCCAAGCCUUGCCAACACUCCAAGUCAAGGAUGUGAACCCCAACAGCGCCCAGGCACUCCCGUUUGCCCUGGCACACUGUGAUUUGGAAGGUUUUGCUGCGGAGGGGAUUAGCGGUGACGCUGCAGGGCUCCUGCUGUUGCCUGUGGCUCUGGGGUGUGGGCCAGUCCCAGGGCAGGGCGCUGGCAUCUGUACCAGCCGCUGCACAGGGACGGGAUUUUGCACCCCUGCUCCCUGGGGUGACCCUCCCCACCCUUGCAGGGCCACGGUGCUGCUGUGGGGGCUGCCAGCCCCACGGUCAGGAUUCUCUACCUCACAUGGGGCACCUGGCAGCAGGGCAAAGGGGAGACCCCCCUCCCUGCCCGGCGCUGCUUUGGCCUGUGUGGGUCUCCAGCCCACAGGACUCACCCCUCCUCUCCCACCUGCCAUAUGCAGACCCCGUAUGCCCUGCCCAGCCCCACAGCACCACCUGGUCACGCUUGCCUAGUGUCAGCCCCCCUUGGCACUCGCCCUGCCGCGCUGGCAGCACCCACCGCGGGUCCUGCGGCGCUGACGGAAGGGUAGUGAUGGUGAGUAAAGCACCCUGCCCUGCUUCCAGCCUCCCUUGUGCCCGUGGGCUUGCCCAAGUGCACAGCAACCGGCAGAGCAUGGCAGUGGACAGCAAGGCCUGCGAAGAGCCCCAGCAUUGCUGCUUCAUCUUGCUGCCAAGCUGUUAGUUCGUGGGUGUCAGCAGUGCAACCCUGCAGGCUGGUGUCCCAAACAGUGGCUGGGUGCGGAGAAGGGACCGGGCUGGGAGUGCUGUGGAGUCCUGGUGCUUUGUUGUUGGGUCAUUGUAAAAUACCAGUGAACAUACCAUGGCCGUGCUGGCGAAUGGGUGCUCUCGAGUGCAAUAAAGCGAGAAGGACUGGCCUGUUCCCCGGAA